AUGGCCAUAGCACCAGUCGCCAUCGUCUCGCUCCUCAUGGGAGAGCUCCUCUCCACCCAUUACAACCCCGAGUCCCAGCCCUCCCAGUACCUCCGCCUCGCCUUCACUUCCACCUUCUUCGCGGGGGUGUUUCAGCUGGCCAUGGGGCUGCUGCGCCUGGGGUUUGUGGUGGAUCUGCUGUGCCACCCGGUGGUUGUGGGGUUCAUGGGGGGAGCGGCGGUGACGAUCGGCCUGCAGCAGCUUAAGGGGCUGCUGGGGUAUGCGACGUUCACCACGAAAGCGAACGUGCAGUCGGUGUUGGGCUAUGUGUUCAGCAACACGUAUCUGUCGGGCACACCUGGUGAGUCGGGCACACCUGGUGAGUCCGGCACACCUGGUGAGUCGGGCACACCUGGUGAGUCCAGCACACCUGGUGAGUCUAACACACCUGGUGAGUCUAACACACCUGGUGAGUCUGGCACACCUGGUGAGGCGGGCACACCUGGUAAGUCUGGCACACCUGGUGAGUCCGGCACACCUGGUGAGUCUUACACACCUGGUGAGUCUGGCACACCUGGUGAGUCGGGCACACCUGGUGAGUCAGGCACACCUGGUGAGUCGGGCACACCUAGUGAGUCAGGCGCACCUGGUGAGUUGGGCACACCAGGUGAGUCUAACACACCUGGUGAGUCGGGCACACCUGGUGAGUCAGGCACACCUGGUGAGUCGGGCACACCUGGUGAGUCUAACACACCUGGUGAGUCGGGCACACCUGGUGAGUCGGGCACACCUGGUGAGUCGGGCACACCUGGUGAGUCGGGCACACCUGGUGAGUCCGGCACACCUGUUCGACUGGCGUGCAUUUGUCAUUGGCAUGGCGGUGCUUCUCUUCCUCCUCUCGCUCCGCUUCCUGGCACACCAUUUCAAGCCCCACCCCAGGCUCGGCAAGCCACUCUUCUACCUCAACUGCCUCGGCCCAUCACCGCCACCUCCCUCGCCGUCUACCUUCUGGGCGGCGGCAACAAACCCCCCUACAACAUCCCCACCGUCAAGCCCCUGCCAGCUGGCGUCUCCUCGUUCGGCUCGCUGACUCAGCUCCAGCUGUCGGGCCCUGAUUGCGCGGCUGCUGCUUCCAUAGGGAUUGUCGCGGCGCUGAUCGCUUUAGCGGAAGCGACUGUGAUCGCUAGAAUGUUUGCGACUUUGGAGGGUUACGAGGUGGAUGGUAACCGCGAGAUGAUCGCUCUCGGCAUGGCGAAUAUCGGAGGCUCCUUCUCCUCGACCUACGUGGUUACUGGGUCGUUCUCGCGGUCCGCUGUCAACUACAAUUCCGGCGGGAAAACUGCGCUGACCAACGUGAUUAUGUCGGUGCUCGUUUUAGUCACGCUCGUUGCGGUCACGCCCGCGUUUCAGUACCUCCCUACAGCCACCCUCUCUGCAAUCAUCAUCGUUGCUGUCGCUGGAUUGGUGGAUUUUACAGCCAUGGCUCUCAUCCUUAAAACCGACAAAGUUGAUUUUCUCAUCACUCUAGGAACCGCCUUGGGUAUUCUCUUUGUCUCCAUGGAAAUCGGACUCCUUAUAGGCGUCCUCGUUUCAAUGCUGAAGUUCUUUGUGCAGGUUGCUCGCCCAGAGCUGCCGACCCUGGGGCUCAUUACGGGUACAGGGGUGUACGGAAGUGUGGAGCAGUAUCCCGAAGCAGAAGUGGAGGGGGUGUGGGUGGUGAGGGUGGAUGGACCGCUGCUCUUCCCCAUUGCAAGCUAUGUGCGGCAGCGGGUGUUGAGAGCGGUGGAGAGGAGUGCGCGAGGCGACAAGAAGAGAAUCAUGGUGAGUGGGGAGUGUGUGUGUGUGUGUUUUGCAUUUAUUUUAUGGGGGCAUGAGCGCAUGGGGGUAUGGGGGCAUGCGACAUGUGGGCAUGAGGGCAUAGGGGCAGGUGUGAUUCAGGGGGAGCUGAAGGUGGUGCCGUGGAUUUAA